AAUUUCACAAGAGAAAUUGUUGUUUUAUAUUUAUAUAAAGUUAUUGUAUAAUUAAGUAUUCAUUUGAUUUGCAUUUCAAUAAUAAUCAUUGAGAAAUAUUAAAAUCGAUAGUUGAUAUAAUCUAGCAUAAAUGAUUAUUCGAGUCGCAUAAACAAAACCAGCACAGUAGAACACGACCAGCACAACUACAUAGAAUUGUAAAUUGGAAUAACGAAAUUUUACCGGUGACCACCAGUGAAAGCAUAUAGUUUUAUUAUUUUAACAAAUAGUUUAAUAAUUAUUAUGUCCUCAACAAAAAAAGAAAUUGACACAGAUCGCUGUCAAAUUGCAUCCUUUGUGGUGUUUGAUUUGGAAACAAAUGAUUUGCCAUAUAAUUUCUCAAAAGUCGCUAUUACGGAAUUAUGUAUGUAUGGUUUUUCAACCAGUGAGUUGGACAGAGAUCCAAUAAAACUGAAAGAAAUCGAGAGUAUAACAUUAGAGCUCGAACAACCACGACAUUUGCAUAAGCUUACAAUGUUAUUCAACCCAAGACGUCUCAUACAUCCGAAGGCUGAGAAAAUUACUGGUUUGAGUAAUUAUAGUCUUGAAAAGGAAACACAUUUCGAUGAAAAUGCUGCCAGUGUAAUCACAAACUUCCUUAAGCACAUGCCACAACCAGUAUGUUUGGUUGCACACAAUGGUGAUACGUUUGAUUUUCCGAUAGUGAAACAGACGUUCAACAAGUUAAAUUUAAGCCUUCCGUGCGACAUCCUAUGUGUGGAUUCUUUGAUGGCAUUUCGGAUUUUGGAUCAAAAAAUGAAAGAAGAAUCUUCAGCUGCCGAGAUAUCUGAUGCCAGUAUUUGUCGUACUAAUAUAGAGGAAUCUGUAAUAAAAUUAUCCGAUUCUGAUGAAAGAAAUGAAACUGUAUUAUUGGACUCCAGGCAGACACUUUCUGAGCAACUUGAUGCUGAAGCAAAAACCGACUGGCAAGCACGUAACGAAACAACACCUAGACGACCCAUUGUUACUGGUGUAAAACGCUCGCAUUCCCAUACCUCCACGGGUGAAAAAACUUCUUUUAAAUCUAAACGAACACUCUUUGCAAACUACCAACUUGACAAAUAUCCACCAAAAGAUGUGUACAAAUUGGAAAAUAUUUAUAAACGUAUUUUUAAGAAUUCACCCAAAAAUGUGCAUUGCGCUGAAGCAGAUGUGGAGUCUUUAAUGAAUUUAAUGAGAGUGUACGGUAGAAGUUUCCUUGAUUAUGCAAAAGAACGUGCCAUACCUUUCGAGGAUAUAUCAAUAAGACGAUGACAAAAAUAAAUUCUACAUGUCGCUGCGCACAACUUUGUGCACAUCUAUAUGCAAUGCCUUAACAAAACAGCAGUCUUCCAUUAAUUAUACUCAAAAUAUAAUUAUUAUGUACCAGUGUUGGAAUUAUAAAUAACAAUUUUUUAUAACCGAGACAGUA